CCCGCGCUUACAUCUGGGGCCGAAGUCAAGGUAAUUGGUUGAAUCAUGCGCCUUUUGAGGUUAGCAGGUCGUGCGCCGCAACAGCCAAGAUCUCAGCUAAACCCAUAGCAGACAACCGAAAGUCAAUCAUCACACUCGUGCAGGGCAAUGUAUCCAAAGAUAGUAGGCAGCCGUAAAAUAUUACCAGCAAAGGUGCAAUUUCUACUCCGCUUACCCGGCUUAGCCCUCUGUCGCCCGCCCGGCCCUCUCGUUAUUUGAUAGUCGCUGCGGUCCCGACUCGAAGGAUUCGAUAUAACUCGCCAAGUUUCUUUCGUUUUACCAAUAAAAAAAGGCUUCUUCAACUUCUUGUUUUGCUGCGGGUGUCGUGUAAUAUUGUACUGCUUGUUAUCCGGGAUUGUCACUGCCGCCGUCCCUAUAAUUUCUCGGUAAGGACUUGAUUUGCUGCCGUAAAAAGAGACUUUUCGAUCACCGAUUCCGGCUGCUGCAAUCAUGGGCGCACAACAUCUUAGCCAGAGCGGGCUGGAGGUGGUCAACAACGACAUGCAGGGUCUUCAAGCCGUACACAACAGCAACAACGACGAUGACGGUAGAAUGUACAGCCCUAGCAGCCACCGCCAACCCUACAACGACCAUUGGGGGAAGACGGAUCGCUCGACCAUCGCGACGCCGAUUCCUUCAGAAUACCGACAGACGCCCGCAUUCACACCGGCCGAGAUGUACCACGCUCCACCUCAUGCGCCGACGCACUCGUCCGAGACCAAGAGGGGCAAGCCGGUUCCCUUUGGUCUCAACCCCUGGGUCUUUGCUGCCAUGGCUGCCCUGAUAGGAAUGAUCAUUAGCGGUGCGGUGGUUGGCGGCGUUUUGGGAGCACAGUUGGCGUCAAGCCCAUCAUCUCGAGAAUCAACACAAACGACAGUAGUGACGACGUCCGGCCAGACCACAGCGCCCACGCCCAACAACACUCCGCAGCCCGCCUCCACCACAUCCUCGUCCUCCUCUCAGACGGUCCCGACCACGGCGUUAGAAAACUACUCGGUGGCGUCUCCCAAAGACGUCAAGAUGCUGCAGUGGGACUGCCCGAGGAUCGACAAGUCCUCGAUCCUGUCGACGUUUGACAAGAAGCGCUUCGACAUCGAGUGCGGCAUCGACUCGCAGAACCAAGGGGCCGAGGCGCCGGGCGCGCUGUCCGUAAUCUCGGUCCACUACGCAUACAACCUAGAGGCUUGCCUGGACGCGUGCGCCGUCAUGAACAAGCGGUCGGGCGACGCCGGUCGGGACCUCAAGUGCAGGCUCGUCGUGUUCCACGCCGGCAUGCGUGACAAUGUCGACAAGGGCGGCAACUGCUUCCUUAAGAACGCCACCAGGGCUGAGGGGAACAAUGGCAACACCAACCCAUCGCUACUGACGGCUAGUCUGGUGGAUUGAUUAAAGUGGUGGUUUUGUUUUAUUUUCGUUUGUGUGGUGAAAUUUGACUCUCUGGCGUCGGGUUUUGGUCGGGAUUCAGCAUGGCUGGUGCGCUCUUUUUCUUUCUCUGAUUUAAAUUCUUGUACUUAAUUAGUGGAUAAGUCCGCACUCAAAAGCCGAAAGGCGUAUUAAUUUUGCAUAUACAUAUACAAUUGCAAGC